CAUACCACACGCAUCACCCAUGGCAUCUCUCCCUGAACAGCCCCUUCAACUCAGCAAGCCGGUCAGUUUCGACGUGACUCCGCUUCAACGAUACUUGGAGUUCCGCUUCGAAAUGACCGGCGCGAGCCUGGCUGGAGAGUUUCGGACAGCAGGUUAUCCUGCGGAGCAGAUCAUUCAGGUUCGGCUGUUCAUCACCGGAACAAUCGUUCUACAACAUGGACAGCAAUCCAUGGACCUUGCCGAGAUUGUAGUCAACGCUAAGGAUUGCUUUCCGGAUACAACUCAAGAUGCAAACGGCUACAAAGACCUCGUAAAGGAACUGCUGUAUAAUUGGAAAUUCCUUCCCUACGCUGCGGGGCAUCUGAAUGACAGACUAUGCGAGCUCAGGAAUAGGCGGAACGCCGAAAAGUCGCUGGACAUGGACAUCACGCCCAUCACCUACCCUCCUGGGAGCGAAGUAGAGCAUCCUGAGACUCUGUUGACCCCAAAGGAACCUACUCAAUCAUCUGACGAGAACAGUGUUCACGAAGGAUCAGACAGUGGGACCAUGCAGACGCGGUCUGGAAGCUUUAUAUCCAGCUUUUACAAAAGUCUGGCAUCUGCAUUUAAGCUUUCCCGCAAGACCAAUUAGACUGGUUGAGGGAUUCCACCGGGAACAAGGUGGUCCUCCGUUUGUACCUGAUAGUGACGAGUGGUUGGUUGUACCCCCUGCCAUAUGGACCAUCCCCCUGACCAUCGGACAUAUG